AUGCCGCCCGCCACUUCGACCACCACGCAACUCGCUCGAGUCGUGAAAAGCACGCCCUUGAAGCCCAUACUGAAGUCGUCAUCUUCUUUACUCGGUAUCAGAAGAUCUAGCGAUGAUGCUGAGCUCGACGAUGGCACCAACAUGGACGGUCCCCAGAGCCCACGAAAGCGUCAGCGGGUAGAGUUCGACAUGAACAACAUUGAGGUUCACGAGAUCGGUGCGAGGUCAUUCGAAGAAAUCAAGCAGGAGGUUAAAAAGGCGCUGGAUCGGCAUGAACGAGGCGACGAUGAAGAGUACGACAUGCUGAAGGAGACUCUCGGCGGCAAGCAACCCUUCUACGACGAGGACGACGAGGACCUCAAUCCAACAGUCCCAGCAAGGCAGCGGCAGGAACUUAAGGGCUACCUGGUUGCUCUUCUGAGUUUCACACCCCGCAUGGGACGAUCGUGUGACGGCCUCGUCAGGAGCGUACUGCAAUGUCAAUGGCUUGGCCGGGAUGACCAGUUUGCGAAUAUCUACAUCCAAUUCUUGGCUUCGCUCGUCAGCGCCCAGGGAGGCCGUCUAACCCAAGUACUUUCCAUGAUUGUCAGCAAGUUCUCCGCCUCACGGCCCUCUGACUGGGCUGUAGCCAACUUUCCGAUGGUUGAACGUAAGGUGGCGCAAGAGAGGCUCCAUGCAGCCCUGCGAUACAUCCUACAGCUUUGCCCUGCUGCUACAAUCGUUCUGAUGUCCCAGCUCAGCAGCAAGUACCCUUUUCAUGACGAGUCUAAAAGAAUGCAUAUCGCUUAUGUCGACAAUCUCCUCCGACUACGCAAGUACAGCCCCUUGUUACGGAUUGAAAUCAUGGGUCUAAUCACCAGCCGACUGGUCAAGAUCGAUGUGGAGAUGCAGAUGGAUCUGGAAGAUAUGGACGACAGGCUUAGUGCUAUGGUCGGAAUGGCUCUCAAGUCCUCGCAGGUCAACGGAAACCAAGACGAAGAUUCGGACGAUAGCGAUAACGAGUCGGUAUCCAGUGAGGAAUCGGAGGACGACGAGUACAGUCGUGUGAAAACGACGAAGGACAACAUUGAGAAGAUGGACUGGGUCUUAGAUACCCUCUUUGAUCUCUAUACGCCGAGCUUUGCCGACCCCGAUUCCCAAGAAGCGAUGAAGGUGUUUGAGGACCUUUUAUCCGAUUUCUCCUACCUCAUCCUACCCACGAUCAAGUCGCGGCACUCGCAAUUUCUCGUUUUUCAUUUCGGCCAGCGGUCCGAGAGACUUGUGGAUGCGUUCUGUGGCACAUGCAUUCAUAUUGUUGACGAUUCGCAACGGCCAGCCGUUUUGCGACAGGCGGCCUCGGCCUACCUUGCUAGCUUUGUCGCGCGGGGAGCCCGCGUUCCGGGUCACACAGUGUUGAAGAUAUUCCAAGUCUUGGGCGACCGUCUAGAUGGUAUGCGCGCGACCUACGAAACUUCAUGCCGGGGGCCUGACGUCCGUCGAUACGCACCGUUCUAUUCAUCGAUGCAAGCCUUGAUGUACAUAUUUUGCUUCAGAUGGCAACACCUGAUCAAAUCUGUUCCGGACGAUGUGGACACAGAUGACGUAUCAUCGUAUCUUGGUCAGGAUAUCGAGUGGGAACCGGAGAUCAAAGAUAUCAUGAGACGCAACAUCUACUCCAAACUGAACCCACUCAAGGUCUGCUCACCGAGCAUCACCGAACAGUUUGCGCUGCUCGCCCAUCGUUUCAACUUCAUUUACGUCUAUCCAAAGAUGGAAGAAAACAAGCGGGUUCGCCUGUCACAGUUUUCGGUGGGUGCGUACUCGAAUGGCGGCGGAUUGCGAGACAUGUCAUUCGACGUGAAUGACGAGAGCUGGCAGCAGCUCAGCUCCUACUUUCCCUUCGACCCCUACCAGCUGCCGAACAGUAAGCGUUGGGUGGAGCAGGAUUACAUACAAUGGCGUCCCAUACCGGGGCUAACGGAUGAACACGAGGAUGACAGCGACGAGGACGAAGCUGAUGAAGAAGACGAGGAAGUCGACGAGGACACGGAGACGGACGAGGAUGUUGGGGCAGACUAG